AGUGCGAGGAGCCGCCGCCCCCGCGCGCAGGGCGCCAUGUUCUGGAAGUUUGAUCUGCACACAAGCUCGCACAUCGACACACUGCUAGAGCGGGAGGACCUGAGUCUGCCCGAGCUACUGGACGAGGAGGACGUGCUACAGGAGUGUAAGGUGGUCAACCGCAAGCUGCUCGACUUCCUGCUGCAGCCGCCCCACCUGCAGGCCAUGGUGGCCUGGAUCACCCAGGAGCCGCCGGCCAGUGGCGAGGAACGCCUACGCUACAAGUACCCGAGCGUGGCAUGUGAGAUCCUGACCUCAGACGUACCCCAGAUUAACGACGCCCUGGGCGCUGACGAGGCCCUCCUGAACCGGCUUUAUGGCUUCCUGCAGAGCACUGGCAGCCUCAACCCGUUGCUGGCCAGCUUCUUCAGCAAGGUCAUGGGCAUCCUCAUCAACCGCAAGACAGACCAGCUCGUGUCCUUCCUACGCAAGAAGGACGACUUCGUGGACCUGCUUCUGCAGCACAUUGGCACUUCGGCCAUCAUGGACCUGCUGCUGCGACUGCUUACCUGCGUGGAGCGGCCCCAGCUACGGCAUGACGUCGUCAACUGGCUCAACGAAGAAAAGGUUGUCCAGCGGCUGAUUGAGCUAAUCCACCCCUCCAAAGACGACAAUCAACAUUCCAACGCAUCCCAGUCCCUGUGCGACAUCAUCCGCCUGAGCCGGGAGCAGAUGAUCCAGGUCCAGGAGAGCCCUGAGCCCGACCCACUACUGGGCACCCUCGAGAAGGAGGAGACGAUUGAGCAGCUUCUGAGCAACAUGUUCGAGGGGAAGCAGAACCAGUCUGUUGUUGUCAAUGGGAUCCAGGUGCUUCUAACACUGCUGGAGCCCAGGAGGCCCAGGUCAGAGUCUGUGCCCGUGAAUAACUUCUUCUGCAGUGUGGACGGGCAGCUGGAGUUGCUGGCCCAGGGUGCCCUGGAGAACCCCGUGUCUAGUCUCGGCGCCCUACAUGCCCUGCGGCCGAGGCUCGGCCGCUUUCACCAGCUGCUGCUUGAGCCCCCCAAGCUGGAGGCGCUGCAGACAACUUGGGGCAGCCUGGCCCCUCCACUGGGGAACAUGCGCCUGCACGUGGUCAAGCUUCUGGCCAGCGCCCUGAGUGCCCACGAUACGGCCCUGACACAGGAGCUGCUGGCAUUGGACGUGCCCAACACCAUGCUGGACCUCUUCUUCCACUACGUCUUCAACAACUUCCUGCAUGCCCAAGUGGAGAUGUGUGUGAGCGCCAUGCUGAGCGCAGGGCCUCCUCCUGACAGCAGCCCAGAUACCCCUGUCCCCAACCCUGCGGUCAGACACCUACUGCAGCAGUGCCGCCUGGUGACGCGCAUCCUGACGUCCUGGGAGGAGAACGAUCGCGUGCAAUCUGAGGGAGGUCCUCGGAAAGGCUACAUGGGCCACUUGACGCGGAUAGCCAACGCCUUGGUGCAGAAUGCGGAGAAGGGUCCCAAUGCCGAGCAACUUGGACAGCUGCUGAAGGAGCUGCCAGAGGAUCAGCAGGAGCGCUGGGAGGCCUUUGUGGCGGGGCCGCUGGCGGAGACCAACAAGAAGAACACCAUAGACCUGGUGAGCACCCGGCCUCUGCACUCGUCCAGCGAUGACGAGGACGACCGGCUGAAGGAGCUCAGCUUCCCCGAGGAGGCCGUGCUGCAGCAGGCCUUCAUGGAUUUCCAGAUGCAGCGCAUGACCUCAGCCUUCAUUGACCACUUUGGCUUCAAUGAUGAGGAGUUCGGGGAGCAGGAGGAAAGUGUGAAUGCUCCGUUUGACAAGACGGCCAACAUCACCUUCUCCCUCAACGCCGAUGACGAGAACCCCAACUCCAACCUGCUGGAGAUCUGCUACAAGGACCGCAUCCAGCAGUUUGACGACGAGGAGGAGGUGGAGGAUGAGGAGGGUCCAGGCUCCGGGGAGUCAGAUGGUGAGGAGGGUGCCUGGCGGGGUGGCCAGCUGCCCAGGGGGGCCCGCCUCGGCCAGCACCAGAACGUCCGGAGCGGGGGCAGCACAGACAGUGAGGAGGAAGAGGAGGAGGAAGAAGAUGACGACGAGGAGGAAGAGGAUGGCGAGGGCCACAUGGCCAGGGGAGGAGCUGGCUCCCCCUCCUACCUGAGCCCUGGCACCCAGCCACCAGGCCCUGAGUGGACGGCUACCUUUGACCCAGUGCCUAAUGAAGCCCCCACAGGUCCCCACAUCUCCAGGGACGAGGAGCCCACGGCGCCCCAGGGGUCUCCCGAUGGCCCCCAGGGCCCACCCUCCCCUAGUCUGGCUUUCUUUCCGGCCAGCGAUGCCAUGCAGCUUAGGUCUAAGGACCCUGUACCCCCCUCAGCACCUCAGGAAGCUUCUGCUGAUGUUUGUGCCGCAGGGCCUGCGGCCCCCUGCCAGGCCCUGGUCAGUGUUGGGGACCUCCAGGCCAUGCUCAGCGGGAUGCACAGCGCCCCCAGCUCCUCAGACAGUGCAACCAGAGACUCCUCUACCUCUGUCCCUGCCACUGGGGCCGAGCAGACCACCGAGACCACCAAGGGGGAGGAGAAUCCAGAGCUCUCGGGACUGCUCCAAAGCCAGAGUGCCCAGGCCCUCCAGCCGCCUCCGAUGCCCAAUGGUUCAGCCCAGAGUGGGCCUGAGGCCUCAGGUUCCCAGUGA